AUGAAUAAUAUUGAAAUCGAAAAUGAUAGACAAAAUUCUCACUGUAUAUAUGGAAUUACCGUAAAGACCCCAAAAGAUAGUGAAAUAUCUAUACAAUUAAUGUAAAAAGUUAUUGAAUCCUUGAAUAAUUAGAACAAUGCAAUGUACAUUAUUUCAGUUAAUUAUAGAUUGGAACAUGUUAAUGGUAAUGGAAGAAUAUUAUCAUUAUUAUGUUCAUCUUUAGCUUGGCAAGAACAUUAAAAAAUAAAAAACUAAAAUUUUUAUAAAUUAUAAAAGAGAAUUGUUUAUGCAUCACAAUAUAAUUUGAAAUAUUUAGAAAAUUAAUUAAAGAAAACUGAUUAUAAGCCUAAAAUUACUUAUUUUCAGUAAGAAGAUAACAUUGAAAAUCAAAAUGAAGAUCAACUAAUAAUUAUUUAAAAUGGUAAUUUGUUAAAUACAGAUUUAACUAUUUUUUAAAAUUCAAUAAUGAUUCUUGAUGAUUUUGAUUAGGUAUAAGACAUUAGAAUAUUUGAAAAAAUAUAAAAUAUUACAAUUGAAAUAGCUGUAAAUGAAUUGGAUGAAUUAAUAACAUAAUUAUAAAUGAAAAAUAAAGAGGAUUAACAAUAAUAUUUAUUGGACCUUGAUUUGGAAUCGAUAAAAUUCGUUUAAGAGUCAAUUUAGUAUUUAUUGAAGAAAUUACAUUAAAUUCCAGAUGAUAAAAUUGAAGAUCAGGAUUUAAUUUAUUAUUUCCUUUAAAUAUUUCUUUUAAACAACAAUCGUAGUUAUAGAUAUGAUGAAUCUGCUGUUUUUGAUAAAUAUUUGAAAACAUGUGAAAAAAUUUCAAAGCUUCCAAAUAAAAAAUAAUUUUCUCUUUGGUUUAAAUUUAUAAAAUAAGCAAUUUUUUGCUACAUAGAGUAAUAAAAAUACUACAAUAAUAAUUUUUCAAUUAAAAUAACUAAUAAAAAUAUUACAAUUUUGGUUAAAUAUUACUUAUAAUAUUUUUUGGAUACAAUAAAAAGAUUAAAAUUUCAUUCCAUUAUAAUAUCAUCUAAUACUUUUUUUCCAACUCCGCAUCAUGAUAGUUUAAACUCAUUUUAAACAAAACUUAAAAUAGAAAAAAGUCAAUAUUUUCAAACAUUAUUCUUUUAACCACCAAGAUUUUCUGAACAAUAUUAACCUAAUCUUAUAUUUUAAAUUCUUUUUGAGAAUUUGGAAAGUAUUAUAAAUUGUACAUCUAAGGGAGUUUUGCUUAUUUUUUCUAGUUUUAAGAAGAUAAAAUAAUUUAAAUCAUUUUGUAAAAAAAAAAAAUCUGAUUUUUUUGAUUAAAUUGGAAAAUAUAAAAAAUUGUUUUGGGGACUCGAGAAAAAUUAAAUGUAAGAUUACAUAUAAUGUUCAAAAAAUGGAGCUAUUUUAUUUGAUAGUUAUUAAAGAGUUUUUAAUAGAAGCUUUCAUUUUCCAGGUCCUCCUUGUUAAUUGUUAAUAUUAGUUGAAUUGAAAACUAUCAAUUAUCACAGGUAUGAUUAAUAAUAGUAUGAAAAUGAUGAAAUGUAUUAUCGAAACAGAUGUUUUAAUACAAUAGUAGGAAGAUCUUUGCUUAAUGAAAAUGAUUAAGGGUACUUUUAUAUUUUUAUUAUAGGGUGUUAUUAAUAUUCACUUAACAUAGAUAAAUAUAUUAGUGGAAAUAAUGUUUAGAGGAUGUUUUCCCAUAUUCAUGCACCAUAAAUGAAUGUGAAUAAGAAUUAAAAAAAUUAAUAUCGAAUGAUUACUAUUCUUAGAAUGAUGUAAUGUCAAUAAAAUACUAUUUUAAAAAAUGGUUUUUGAAAUAUCCACAAAAGUAUAAAAAAGAGGCAAAAAAGAAGAGUCUAAAGUUUUGGAAUAAAUAUUAAAAAAAAUAAUUAUUAAUAAAAUCAUAAAAAAUUAAAAAGUAAAAAAAUGAAAAUAAAUAAACUAAAAGAAAAAAGUAAUAAAAUAAGAAAAAGUAAAGAUACAUCAAAAAUAAUGAAUGUUAAGAUUAGAUGAAUUAACUUAAAUAAUAAGGUAAGAAAAAGAAGAAAGAGAGUAAGAAUAAUAAUGAGAAAGAUAAAACUCCAAAAAAGAAUAAGAAAGAUGUAGAUCCAAAAAAUGAAAAUAAAUAACAAUAAUAAUAGUAAUAAUAAUAAUAGUAAUAAUAAUAGUAAAAAGGCCCUCAUAAAAGCAAAACUAUUGAUUAAUUUUUCAAAAGAAAAGAUCCAAGUAUUCAAUAAUCUGCUAAAAAAAAUAGUGAGAAACAAUCUUAGAUUUGA